AUGAGGAGCACUCGCACCACCACACUUACCACCCUCGCCUCUUCUUGUUCUCCCUACCGCCUUCCCCUCGCACUACACCAGCGCAGUACCGCACCACCAACCACAUCAGCCCUGGUGGUCUCUGCUGACGUGCUCGUGGAGGUGAAGGCGGCGGGCGUGAACCCGGUGGACACCUACAUCCGCUCGGGCGGCAACGGCUACAACGUGUCGCUGCCCUACACGCCGGGCGCGGACGGCGCUGGCGUGGUGGUGGACGCCCCGGCGCCCUCGGCCUUCAAGCCGGGCGACCGCGUCUACUUUGCUAGUACCCUCACGGGCUCCUACGCCUCACACGCGCUGGCCAAGGAGAGCCAACUCCAUCCGCUGCCUGAGAAGGUGAGCUUUGGCCAGGGCGCCGCUGUCAACGUGCCCUAUUCCACUGCCUACAGGCACCGUUUGCUCCACCAGCCUUCAAUUCAUCAGGCGCUGAUCAUCAAGGGCAAGGCCAGGCCGGGACAGACGGUCCUCGUCCACGGCGCCAGCGGUGGCGUGGGCAUCGCCGCCGUACAGAUCGCCGCCUCGCUCGGCCUGCGGAUCAUCGGCACGGCGAGCACCAAGGAGGGCCAGGAGCUGGUGCUCAGGGAGGGUGCCCAUGCCGUGUUCAACCACAGGGACGAGGACUACCUCCAGCGCAUCAAGGAGUCGACCCGCGACGGCGCCGGGGUCGACAUCGUCAUCGAGAUGCUGGCCAACGUCAACCUCGCCAAGGACCUCGACGUCAUCAAGCGCGGCGGCUCCGUCGUCAUCGUGGGCAGCCGAGGCGAGAUCAACUUCGCACCCAGGCUCAUCAUGGCGAAGGAGGCGAUCGUGACCGCGGUCGCGCUUGCGCAGUCGACGCCUGAGGAACUGGCCGAGCACCACGCCUUCAUCGGGGCCGGCCUGGCCAACGGCACGCUGCGGCCGGUGGUCGACAAGGAGUUCGCACUCGGCGACGCGCCCAAGGCCCACGAGGAGGUCAUCAGCGGCACCCACGCCGGCAAGAUCGUCCUUCUUCCCUAA